AUUCACUUCGAGGACGACAUAACGCAGCACGCAGCACGCAUUCCCUAUAGCCCAAACCACGAACAUGGCCGACCAAAAGUCUUUUGCAACAACUUCCACAGACGCUGUCUCGCUCGAGAAGCCAGUGUCCACUUCAUCCUCGGCUACCACCACCACAACGACCUCGAUCCCCUCGAAACGGUGCCAGCCCUCCUGUCGCGAUGAACUUCACCUCAGCUCCAGAAAGCCUGAAGAGCCUGGGAAGGAAACAUGGCGCGAUGCAAGCCUCAGCGAUGAGCAGCGCUGGAAGGAGUGGAAUAAGGCUAAGGACAGGGAGCAGAAGCGCAACGGCGCGACAGGUGCAUAUACACAGUUUUAUAGAGGGAAGGGGCCUGGAAAGUGGAUAUACUGGCUGGCGUAGGGGUAUUAGAGGAUUGAUGCUGCGAGAAUUACUUACGAGGCGUUGUGGUGUGGGAUGCACACCAUUUCUUUUUGCUUGACUGGAAUGCAUGAGAAUCAUUGGAGC